AUGAGAACAGUGUUCACGGCGGGCCUUUUAGGCGUCACAGGAGGUGUAGCAAGCGUAGGCGCCGGAAUGGCUUACUUGGCGGCUGGCACGUCGAUUGUGAGCAUUGCACACAGCGACCCGUGGAACAAGACGAAGACGUACACCAAGUACAACCCUAAGGGCAAUCCUGCCCUUCAGGACGACUGUACGUCGCGCAUACCUUUGCGUAAGAUUAGACCGGAGUUGCGGGACGACGAGAAAGCCCUUACGCUCGAGUUUUGUCGCGGCAUCUGGAGUGGGUGGGGUACCAAGUUCCAGAAGCGCUACGAUGCGCCUCCCGGUACAGAGCAGCAGACGUGGGAGAUUGCGGACUUGGCCGUAGCCAAGUACGAGAAGGGCCUGAAGUUCUCGAACCAUUUUGAGGUAGUCGAAAACCAGGGCAAUGAAAUUACCGUCCGGUGUGGAGGAUCGCCGCUCAACCCCGGGUUGAGAAACUCGGAUGGUCUGGUUCUCAUCAGCGCUCGCAUAAAUCGGGAGAAGGAGGUUGCUGAAUUUAGUCUCAAGUCGGCUUUGUUCGAUAGCGCCGGCACGUAUCCUGAGGGUGCGGUGCAUGGUAUUCCGCCCAAGAUUACUUUCUUGCAUAAGUGGUAUGUGAGGAUGUUAGUACAGGCUGGUGUGGGGAAAGUCAAGGCAUGA